AUGAUAAAGGAAUUUUAAGAGCAAAAUAUCGAUAUUGUGAUAAAGGUGUAUAUAAUAUAAGUAGUUUAAAUUCUUCAACUGGAAACUUAUUCAAACAUCUUAAAAGUCAUCCAGAUAAAACAACUUCUUCAAUUAAUAAACAAGCAAAUUUUAUGAUUAAAUUUUUAAAUAAAGAUUCAAAUAUAAUAUUUUCUGAAAAAACUUUUCAUAAAAAAUUAGCUACAUGGAUUGUAAUAGAUGAUCAACUAUUUAUAAUAGUUGAAUAUUCAGAAUUUUAG